AAACUGGGUGAGUGGCUCCAGCAGAUCCCAGGAACAACAUCCGAGAUCUCUGUCCAGAAGAGCGCAGUCUUAGGAACGGCAAAGAUAAAGCACAGGACCCUCAAGCUCCCAGGCCUCUGGUAGAGGACCCGAGCUUGAAGAAUAAAGACCACCCUUUUUAUACAUAUAUACACAAACAGCUGAUAAUCAUCUUCAAAUAAUGUCAAUUUUACAGCCUGAAAUACAAACUACUGACCUAAAUUUCUUAUUUGUUUGGCACAGUUUUGAGGUCUACACUUUAUUCCCUUUGCUAAAAUUACUUAUGCCUCACUCAUACUAUCAGCAUCUAAUUCUUGGUGGGAUGUAUAUUAUGCCAUAUUUUCAGGGGUAAUUCUUCUAAAAUUGUAAACUGUAAAGACACCAGCAACAUUCAUCUACAUACAUAAAUCAGGACAUUGUUUUAAACAGAAAAGGGCUGCAAAGAAACUAAAACAAACUCCUGAUUUUAGAAUUUACACUUCUAAUAACGUUGUUGUUGUUGUUGUUUUAUUAAGCGGACAGAGUUUAUUUUAUUUUAUUUUUACGGAUUACCGCACGUGUUUCUGACGUAGACAACUUCCGCCUCGGACGUCACCGCUGUCAGCAAAGAUGGCGGCGUCCUGUGUGCGGACCGUGGGCUCGUUUCUGGGGAAAUGUAUGACAUGCAGCUCGAGUAUAAACACAGUCGCCACGCAGGUGCUGCUGAGCAGGCAGGUAUGUGUGAGCUCUGCCCUGUGCAGGAAGAACCUGGCGGCCGCUGGACCGGAGAAGUUCACCCUGGAGUACAUCCAAAAGCAGGUGGAGGAGUACGAAAUCGGGAAACGCCACCUGGCCAACAUGAUGGGAGAAGAUUCCGAGAACUUCACCCAGGAGGACAUCGAUAGAAGCAUCACGUACCUUUUUCCCUCCGGCCUGUUUGAGAAGACAGCUCGGCCGCUCAUGAAGCAUCCUGAUGAAAUCUUUCCCAAGCAAAGAGCUGUCCAGUGGGGAGCAGACGGGCGGCCCUUUCACUUCCUGUUUUACACUGGCAAGCAGUCCUACUACUCCCUCAUGCAUGAUCUUUAUGGCAAAAUCCUGAAAAUCGAGAAGCACCAAGACCGUCUGAGGGCCAAAGGACUUUUCUCCCAGGAUGCCCAGCUGAUCUCUCUCGGCCCAAGCCGGUGGCUGACAAAGGAGGAGCUGGAACUGUUACUAGUGGAGACCAUCUCUACUCAUGAUUACGACCGUUUUAUCAAGCUAAUGGAGCACAUGCUUUGCAUGCCGUACAGCAGCACGGAGGAGGAGUUCGUUCAGCGAUACCGUCGGCUGCUGGAGGCUCAGUCCUUGAAGCAAUUGGUGCCACUGCUGGAGAAGGAUGAAAAUGGUGUGGCCUUCAGCACCGCGGAGGGUCGGAGGAAGACAUCAGACUCAUCAGUGAUCCUGCGGGACUGCGGCUCAGGACACAUUACCGUCAACGGCCAGGACUACCUCCAAUACUUCCCCGUGCUGCAGGACAGAGAGCAGCUGAUGUUCCCGUUGCAGUUCAUGGGCGUGCUGGGCCGCUUCAACUUGGAGUGUAAGGUGAGCGGUGGCGGCAGGUCGAGCCAGGCGGGGGCCCUGAGACUCGCCAUUUCCCGUGCGCUGCUCAGCUUCCUGUCUGAGGGAGAUGGGGAGGUGAUGAGACAAGCUGGUCUGCUGACCCCCGACCCAAGAGUGAGGGAGAGGAAGAAGCCUGGACAGGAGGGAGCACGACGGAAAUUCACCUGGAAGAAGCGCUGAGGGGCGGAUCAGUUCCACCUGAGCUUGGAUAUGAAACAUUCAAACUGAUUUCUGACAUCAGGGAAACUGCUUUAUUUUCUCUCCAGAGGCGAUGCCACUCUGUCCUCUUUAAGCUCUUGGUGCCAAGUGCUAUGCUUUCUCACAUGGUUUUCAUGAUGCACCUGCUGCAGGGAGCUCCUUCAGCCACCAGAUGGAGACAUGUUAUAAGAAAUUCAUAGUUUGGCCUGUUUAUCUGUACAUCAAUUAAUAAAUUAAAGAUUUUCUAUAAAAUAUAAAUAAAGGUUGUGAUAUUUUG